GUGUACGAGGCCACGUUUCGAGGUCGCAAGGUGGCGGUUAAGACCGUUGUGAUUGAGGACGAGAAGCAACGGCAGGCGCUAGCCAAAGAGGCCCAACUGACUGCUCGGUUCAGGAACUGUGAGCGGGUGGUUGAGCUGCUGGCUGCCUCCCUCGGACUGGGUCCGGCCGGCAGCCAGACGCCGCAAGAGGGCUCCUCGAGCAUCGGCGGGGCUGGCAGGACGUCGCAAUUAAGGCGCGACAGCAGGGGCGAAGCGGGUUUAGAUUCAGCCGCCGCCGCCCCCGCCACCCCUGCACAGCCCCCGGGCGCCGCAGCUUCCCUUUCACCCUCUCCCUCGCCUCCGACGCCGUUGGACCAACACGCCCCCGGCGGCACGCUCCCAGCCACCAUGGCCACUGCCGCAGGUCCAAGAACCAGCAGCGACAACGACAC